UUUAGCAUUGACUGCGGCUGUUCUUCUUCUACUGCUCGUCCACACCCGCCUUUUCGUGUUCUAUUCAUUCAUCAUGACGACAUAUUCACCCCCAUUAACCACCAACACCCUCGACGCCGAACAGCGUUCCCGACUCCUCCGAUCCACACGCAAACUCGGCGCCAUGCUCGGAGCGACCCCGCUCGUCCUCGAAGUCAUCCCUCCCGUUUCUCCACGCACAAAAUCAUUCCGCCGCGAAGGUCGCGUGUUCCCUUCAUCCCGCUCAUCGAUAGACAGCUACGUCAUCGUGUCAUCGACAACACCCAUGGCACCAUACCAGCCUAUCCCCCUCGAUCUUCCUACUAGUACUUCCCCCAACAGCAAACAACCCAAACCUACACCUACACCCAAGAAAAAAGGCGCACGUCCCCUCGCGCAACCGCUCAUCCUCCGACUCCGCUCCGUACCGGCGAAGAAAGCGAGAUACUCGCCCAUCACAUCCUCCUUCGACUUUAACGCCUCUGCGUCUCCCACGCUGAACGAUAGGAGGAGAAAGAUGGCAAAGCUCACACGCACAUUGGGCGAGAAUAUCCCCCCUGAACUCGUUUUUGGUUCGAAUCCUCCCCCUUUGACUCGACGUCCGUCGACGCAGAAGGGCGUGUCUGCGCCUAUACACGCUGAUGCGCCGGUCGUCCUUUCCCCUGUGCCCCAGUCGAAGAAACGGGCGGGUGGAAGACCAAGGAGUUUAACGUUGGGGUCGAUACCCACGCCGACGUCGACGCCGCAGUAUGCGAUGAGGGGAACGACGUCGCUUGAUUCUCCAAGGCAUCAACCAAUUGGUCAGAUGGAGGCGGAGUGGGGGAGGAGGGAGAAUGGUGUCAGGAGGAAGGAGAGGGAGUGGAGUGGCGAGUGGAAUAUGCAGGAUAUGGGAAAUGUUGUCAAGGCGUUGAGGCAGUUGAGGUGA